CGCGAAAAAGCGAGGCGAAGAAAGAAGAGAGAGUAUGCACUAGGCAGGGGCAUACACGUAAAUUCGGCGGUUUUGAGACCCACUAGUACAGGUGCCUGCUCUGCUCGUCCCUCUUCAGUCUUCACACUCCCAAAAAGAAUUCGACUCUGCUCCCCCCAGCUCUUAGCGGAGAUCGGAGAAUUUUCCCCGGCGGCAACUCGAAGAAAGCCAAAUCCAGGCCAACAUGGUAAGGAAUCUCCAUCCUCGGAACGGAAGCUUGGCAGUUUCAGCCUUUACAUUUUCAGAUCUUCCGUUAUUUUCUCCUUUCUUUUCCAUCCGUUGCAAAUGCGACGAAAGCGCGCUAGGGUUUCGGGUUUAUGGGCCGGAAACUAGAUAGAAGUAGAAUGUCGUGAUGGAAUUCCCGAAUCAAGAGUUACCAGUUACGUGUUUUCUGGCUUGGAUUUCGAAUCUGCUGGAGUGAGUUCGUGUUCAUGGGCUAUGGAAAUGUCCGAUCCAUGUUUAUUCAGUGUGGAAAGAGAAGUGAAUCUGUUCAAUUGAGCUUCUCCUGUAUCUCUUAAUGGAUGCUGAUCUAAGAUUGAGGUUAAGGUGUUAUGCCAAAACUGCCUUUCGUUCCUCUUGGCUUUCUCUUUGCAUUGGAUUCCUAUGUGUGGUUUUCUCGGCCUGGAGGAUGAUUUCUGCAGUAGUAUACUAAUUUGCUGAAGUUUGAUGGGAAAUUGAGUGUGUUCGAUAGCGCUGAGAUAAGCUUAGGAUAGGGAAAGUGGAAUGCAUACGGUCAUACGGUAAAUGCAUAGCUCUGAUAACAGGGAAGAAAUGCUUCAAGAAUGGCGAUUCUAGGUCCAUUGUUAUGUGCAACUAUAAGCCUGCCAAGCUAUGAGAUUGGUAUCGGUCCAUAUAUGUUACAGCGUAGAAUUCUUAGCCGACCUAUGUAUCCAUGGCUAGUAAUAUUAGCUGAAGAAAAGUGUCCUGUCAUAACUUGAUAACUCGGUUGUUUUUUUCUUGGUAUUAUGUGAUGUGUGUGUUGUGCCAUGAGACUCUGACUUCAGGUUGUAAGCUGUGGAUACUCUCAUUCGCAUCACUUUGCUAGUGUUUAAAUCAGUCGGUUAUUCAUUGUGCAAUUGUUUGGCACUUUGUUACUAGUUCAUGCAAUAGCUUAUUCCGUUGUAUCUAAGCAAGCAUUGUAAUUAUUUCAUGGUAGGACGGACAUGAUGGUGAUGAUCCUAAACAGAGUACUGCCGAUAUGACAGCUUUUGUGCAAAAUUUGCUUCAGCAGAUGCAAUCCAGGUUCCAGACUAUGUCUGACUCCAUCAUCACAAAGAUCGAUGAUAUGGGAAGCAGGAUAGACGAGCUAGAGAGGAGCAUCAAUGACCUGAGAGCCGAGAUGGGCGUGGAAGGGUCUCCAUCUCCUUCGACCCCCAAGGCUAAGGACGAAUCGGAGCCAGGUGCUGGUUCAGCCUGAGACAAAGUACCAAGUAAGAAGGACGUUGGAAACAAAACUGGUGUUCUGCAAAUAGUGUUCUUAUUUUUUUUUCCUGUUUGCUAUUGGCCUGCAAGUUUUCCGGGGAAUCUGUUGAUGUGAGCACCCCAUCUUCCAUUUCUACCACCAUUUUGCUUUCCCUCUUCUGAUUAGGAAACCUAUUGAAUUAGAGUGUGAUGUGAACACACCAUGUCUAGGGUGUCUAUGCUCGUUGUUUUGCCAUAUAUGAUGGCUCUAGUAACUCAUUAAUUCAGCGUGUGGUUCGAUGUUGACGUCCCUCCCUCGUCCGAUCAAAUUGGUUGCUAUAUGAAUCAUGAACUGAUGUGGUCCGGGUUCGAAUAUCGAUUCAUCGAACCGGGUCGCUGUCUCUAUAGACAGCUAGCUAUUAGCAUACAGCCAACCUCCAACUCAGUACAGAAAAAGGUGUGGAAGGUGAAGUGAUUGAGAAGCUUCUUAUUUCGGUGAAAUGGUGCUGGAAAUCACCAAAAUGGUGGCUGGCUUGGGCCACACACAUGAACUCCUUUCCUGAAAGGCACUUGCCAGCUGAUUGGUGAUAACAGCAUUGAAUUUGAGACUUAUUGUUACGGCCCCCGCCUCCAUUAGAGUGGUCCAGUUGUUGUGUUGAUGUGGGUUUAGUUUUAGGCGUCCUCUUCAAGCAUUCAAUUGCAAGUUAAAGAAAGAUGCUUUGAUUCUCAAACAAAGGACCAUUACAACUCACACCCACUCAAAACUUAACUUUCUCUUAAUGCAUUUGCGACGCGAAUUACGCCGAAAUCAUGUGUGGUUCAAUACGAGUUUAUAUUGUUGGUUCGAUCACGAUAAAUAAGAACAAUUUAG